CUAGCAGCAAUUGUUCUUUCAAACGGUGGCAGCUGCUGUUAAUUCAAGUCAGGGGGAGAUUCCCAGUCUGUUACAUGCAUUCCUGGUCAGACAACUUCAGCUUCAAGAUGCUCCAAAAUUCCAAAUACAAAAUCUGGCUGGUCAAGACAGAAGGAGAAGAAACCCUCAGAGUGGAACUUAAUGGCAAAGGAUUGUAUCCAAUGGUGUCCCUCAGAGGACAGGAGGCUCAUCAACCAGCGGAGGCUUCUGGCAGCAGAACACCAAAGGAAAGUGGUUUUAGCUGAUUUCCCUUUCCCCUGCAGUCCUCCCUUUUUGGAAUUGCAUAGAAAUAGUACAAGGGGGCUGCAGGAUGGAGAGGAAAGUGGCAAAAUAUACCCUCCCCAUUGUGCUGAUGAGAACCUCAUCAAACAGCCUUCCAUCAGCAAAGGGAUAGCUUUGGAUACAACACAAAUAUUACAUGUAUUGCUAUUGAAAAUGAGUGGGACCUACAACAAAAUGUUGUGGUGUAUUCUCCCUCCUAAAAGAAGUGCUUCUGUUCAGUGUUCCGUCAGUCAUUCUACAUUUUACAUUCUGUGGCUACUUAACAUACUUGGUCCUUCUUGGGCCAUUUGGGCUUUUUGCCCCCUUAGCUUUUUUUAAAAAAAAGAUUUUUUUUUUUUACUUUUGCAAACUUUGGGGUUUCCCCAAGCAUGCUGAUACUUCCUUCUUGGCUCUCAGUUGCUCUGCUCUGAGCUGCUAUCUUGCUGGCAAACACUACAUUGUGGUUGUUGUUGUUGUUGUUUAUUUCUACUCCACCUUUCGGCCAAAAGACCCUCAAAGUGGCUUACAAAAAAACACAAAUAUAAAAAUACAUCAAUAAAAUACAUCAAUACAUCAAUAAAACAAUACAAUUUACAAUUUGCAGUAGCCAAAACAUAAAUAAAUAAAUAAGGGUGAGAAGAAGGAUGGGCACAGGAGAAGUCCAAAGAAAUGGAUCUUGAGGGAAAGACCUGGAGGAGAGAUCCUUUUUCUCCAUGACGACUGAGAUGAUGGGUUAGCGAAGCCAUGCUACUCAGAGUGGAUUUUAGUCCAGCCACCACCGACUGCCCCAGCCCAGAUGAUCAAAUGGCACCAGUCUCUUCGCUCUGGGCUCACUCCUCGGCGGCUGCUGCUGUGGCUUCCCUUCCGGCUCCUGCGCCUUCUCCUGCCCCAUCAGUGGCAGUAGUGGCUUGAGCGAGCCUGGCGUGGGCCUCAAGGGCCUCGCAGAACUGCUCGAGGCUGACGGUGUGCUCCCUGCGGCUCAGGCAGGCCUCCAGCCAGCACACCAGUGCGGCAUGAUGCUGAGAGAGGAGCGGCUCUGCCGGGGGAGCCUCGUGCAGGUAGGCCACCUCCUCCUCCCGCAGCCAGGCGUGGCGACAUCGUUGAGGAAAGCGCUGUGGGCUGGAGGAGGAAGGCAAGGUCGACGAUGCCUCCCUGGCUUCCAUGGUGCCUGGCGAAGGAGUCUCGUUGGCGACGGUGCUACUUCUAGCGGCUCCCUCUCCCAUCUGUCCGUGGAUGGUGGCAGUGGAUUUAGAACGCAGGUAACUGCUGAAUGUCCUGUUUUGGUAUUUCAAGAACUUCCCUGUAUAUCCCCUGUUCUUAAGCUACUUGCUUGAGGGCAACAUCUUCACAGCGAAAAUAAUAGGAUUUAAAAGUAUAAGAGCCUGGUUCCCUUUAGGCUCCACAGAAUGCCCUUAGGUGAGUCAAGAUGGAAAUAACAGAAAUGAGUUUACUACUACAAGAAGUGACUAACCAUUUUGCUUGCCUUUAAGCCAGUGUGGUGUAGUGGUUAAGGUGCUGGACUAUGACUUAGGAGACCAGGGUUUGAACCCUCACACAGCCAUGAAGCUCAUUGGGUGACCUUGGACCAGUCACUGCCCCUCAGAGGAAGGCAAUGGUAAACCACCUCUGAAUACAGCUUACCAUGACAACCCUAUUCAUAGGGUUGCCUUAAGUCGGAAUCGACUUGAAGGCAGUCCAUUAAGCAAGGUUGAAGAGAAAGUCUGUGGCCCAACAGGUCACCAAAAUGUUUUCCUAAGUUGCUACACUACUUCCAGGCCACCUCUUCUCUGCCAGGACUGCUUGAAGCAAAGCUGAAAUAAUGUACCCCCAACCUCACCGGAGCAAAAAUUCAAAAGGCCUUGCUGCACCAUUUGGACAUUUAAUUCAUGUCUAUCUAUCCCCUUCUUUCCCCUCAUUGUGGCACCUGAAGCACAUAUCUUCACCCUGCUGCAUGGUAGACUGGCCUUGGCUUCAAAUGCUAUUGCUUUCCACAUGCCUUCCUUUUCAUACUUUGUUUUUCUCUCCAGAUGAAGGCAGAAAGAUAAGGAAGCCAUUCUCUUAAGACAUAAAUUUUGCUUGGGACAUCCUCAUCUUGACUUAAGCAGAUUGUCUCUUGCCCAGUGGCUGGAGAAAAGCCAAAUAAACUAGAUCCAUAAAGCAGAUUCUUGUGAGGAUAUAUACAGCAUGCAAUAAAUUUAGAUAGCGAUGCCUUUUCCCAUGCAUUGGUGAAAUGUGAACAGUAUAAAUGGCAACGCAUUGUAACUACAUGCCAGUCUUAGCCUGUCAUUUCCCCCCUGAUCAAUCUAUCUUUCUAUUAAAUUAAAGGUGUAUCCCUUUAAACAGUUCUCAUUGUUUGGCGAAGCAAUUAACAUCUUCCAAGUAGAUCAGUGGAACUGGUGUUGCUAAGCAGCAGACCUUUAAAGAUAAUUUGUCAAUUUCUGCAGAAGGAAGAAAAUAAUAAACAGUCCUAUUAAGGGAAAAUUGCUUGUUUUCCAGUGCGCAACUCCCCCCCCCCCAGGUCUUCAGUUCACCAUUGCCCAAUUUAGUCUUUAUUUAGGUUCUAUAAAUAAUUCAGAAUUGAGUAGAAUGAUUGAGUCUAAUCCCAGAUAAUUCAAAACAAAAGGAGGAAAAUGUUCAGAUUACAGUUUGAGCAUAUUUGCUGUUGGUUGCAUUCCAGACAACACUUGCGGUUUCUACAGCAUUCUGUCACUUCUAAAGUGCCCUGCGUUGAUAAUUCAUAGUGCUGCACAUUUCCAGUUCUACAUUGAAAGAAAGCAUCGCUGCUAGAGCAGUGGCACACUUCCUAGCCUUUGAACAUGGAGGCUUAUUGCUUCAGAGGGGGACUAAACAAGUGAGGUGGUAGAUACUGCAAAUCCAGGCUGUGUCAUGUUCUACCAUCGUCAGGGAAAUGGAUGCAAUCAUAGUUAUUUGGCCUAAUAUUAGGACUAAUCUACUAUCUCAGUUCUGAUCUGAAAAGGCAGAAGAGGCAGCUUGGGGGAAUGGCAGGGGAGGAAAAGAUUUAGUGAAGGAAAAAUAGAAGCCUGUAGUCUGUGUGAAUACUUUGGUGAGAAAUUGGUCCCAAACAUUCACUCCUGAUUCCGCAGUCCUCUUAGACCUUUGAUACACUGUGACUGUUGCGUGUUUUUCAUUCAUUCCUGGCUUACUAGGUUAUCAAAGCUUUGCACACAGCGCUCAGUGUGUGUCAACUUCUCAGGAAAGAAGAUGCCACCGGUGGCUGCAGCAGUGUACACCUCGGAAGUCAUCCCUGCAAGUUAAAACAUAAAACUGGUUUUUCGCACUGAUCUGAUAACAGCUAUGAAGAUCCCAGAUUCUUACCAGCUGAGCCCAGAUGAGUACUACAUCCUUGCUGAUCCAUGGAGACAAGAGUGGGAGAAAGGUGUUCAGGUUCCAGCGAAUACAGAAACAAUCCCUGAACCAAUGGUUAGGAUCAUUCCUCUGCUAGAGCAUUCUUCACCGCAAACCUCACCAAGCAACCUGUCCAGCUCUGACAGUUUAGAUAUCAGUAGGACAUACUCCCAAAGAGUAAGUCGCUAUGACCUGGAUGAAAUUGAUGCUUGCUGGCUGGAACUCUUCAACAUGGAGCUCAAGGAAAUGGAAAAGCCAGAAAUGGAUGAAUUCACCUUGGAAAGAGUGCUGGAGGAGCUGGAGACGCUGUGCUAUGAGAAUAUGAACAUUGCCAUUGAGACGGAGGAGGGUCUUGGCAUAGAGUAUGAUGAGGACGUUGUAUGCGACGUGUGCCGCUCACCAGAAGGAGAGGAUGGGAACGAGAUGGUUUUCUGUGACAAAUGCAAUGUCUGUGUGCAUCAGGCUUGCUAUGGAAUCCUGAAAGUUCCCAUCGGAAACUGGCUUUGCCGAACUUGUGCCCUAGGAGUCCAGCCAAAGUGUUUACUCUGCCCAAAGAGAGGGGGAGCUCUGAAACCCACCCGGAGUGGGACAAAGUGGGUCCACGUUAGCUGUGCCUUAUGGAUACCCGAAGUUAGCAUUGGAUGCCCUGAAAAAAUGGAACCCAUUACAAAGAUUUCACAUAUCCCAGCAAGCAGAUGGGCUUUGUCAUGCAGUCUUUGCAAGGAGUGCACUGGAACGUGUAUUCAGUGCUCCAUGCCUUCCUGCAUCACAGCCUUCCAUGUAACAUGCGCCUUUGAACACAAUCUGGAUAUGCGGACACUUUUAGCAGAGAACGAUGAAGUGAAGUUCAAGUCCUUCUGUCUUGACCACAGCAGCGGUGCCACUAAGCCACCAGAUGAAGCACGGAUGGAAGCAGAUCAAGGCAAGCUAGACAUGGAAAAAGUAACACUGAGGAAACAGAAGCUCCAACAGUUGGAAGAAGACUUCUAUGAUCUUGUGAAGCCCUCUGAAGUGGCUGAGAACCUUGAUUUGACUGAGUGGCUGGUUGAUUUUGUCUAUCAGUACUGGAAGUUGAAGAGGAAAGCCAAUUAUAACAAGCCUCUAAUGAUGCCCAAAACAGAUGAGGUGGACAACUUGGCUCAGCAAGAGCAGGAUGUGCUGUACCGACGCUUGAAGCUCUUCACACACCUCAGACAGGAUCUUGAAAGGGUUAGAAAUCUUUGUUACAUGGUGACAAGGCGAGAGAAAAUGAAGCACUCCAUUUGCAAACUCCAGGAACAGAUCUUCCAUCUCCAGAUGAAACUUAUUGAAAAGGAUCUUUACCCAGAGCAAACCGGGAAGAAAACGAAGGGAAGGAGAAGUGACCCAAAAAGAAAAGGAAGAGAUGAUAGGAAAAGCAGUCCUGAGAAGAAAGAAAAAAGGAAAUCAGGGAAUGAGUUGGUACUGGGACAACUGGGUUUGUCAACUUCCUUUCCCAUUGAUGGGACCUUCUUCAACAACUGGCUGGCUCAAUCUGUACAGAUUACCACAGAGAACAUGGCAAUGAGUGAGUGGUCCCUGAACAGUGGCCAUCAUGAAGACACCACCCCAGGCCUUUCUGAGGAACUUUUACAAGAUGAAGAGACCCUGCUAAGUUUUAUGAUGGACCAUUCCUUGAAGUCCCCGUUGAAGCAGAGUGACACAACAAAGAAAGCUAAGAGCAAAAUGCGAACACACGCUAAGAAAAAAACUGCAAGAAAUUGCUUGAAUACCAUCUUUAAGAGACACCAAGAAGAGGAUUCAAAUCACUGGACUAAUGUAAGUUCUGUGUCAGAUAGCACCACAAAGUCUUCACCCCAUGAUUUAAGAAACAGCAAGGCAGAGAAAGGUAUGGACAAACUUCAUCCAGAGUGCAAAGUGAUAUGUGAAGUGAAAAAGUCAGCUAAGAAGGGCUCUUCACAUCCUGCAACUCCACUUCCAAAAGCAAAUGAUUCUCAAGCCUCCCAGAGUCUGAUAAGUAAGCUAAGCAAUGAUGAGGAACCACUGAAAUAUACCCCAUCUGAUCCCAUACCCCUGGUUAAAGUGCCUGAUUCUGUAGGUAGUCCGAAAACAGUAGUGAGGUUCAAAUUACCAAAAGAGAGCAGAGGGACUUGGAGAUCACAGAAGCCUGAGAUGGUUAAUGGACCUUCAGGAAGUGAAAGAUCUAAGGUUAUUUUGCACCCUUUUGACAAUGAGACUGAUGGCUACUUCUCAGAUGCAGAAAUGAGCGACUCUGACACAGAAUCUGGUAGCGGCAGAGGUCACCAUAGUCAGUUAGAUUCAGGAAAUGAGGAUAAUUUCAGAAUGAGUAUUUUGGCAUCCUAAUACGCCAGAUAGACCAAUUGUGACAGCUCUGUGAGGCCUAAAUCCAGUUACAACUGCCAUGUCUAAUUUCCGCCUGGUAUCAUAACAGAGGGUUUUGGUUUGUUGUUUUUAAUUUGUAUAUAUAGUCGAAAAAUUGAGAACUGUUGUUGUUCCUCUUCUCUAUAUGCCUGAGAAACGGCUCAAAGCUUCACCAACUUAUAUACUGUAACAGUAGCUAGCCCUUCUUAGUCAAAACUUGCAUAUCAUAGUUUAACGAAAUGCAAGCAUGUGCAUUAUGAGGGACUUGUGCUUGCUGGUAGUGAGCAGGACAUCCUAGUAUUUUAAUGAGGAGGCCUGAGAUUGCCAGUAUCUGUUGUUCAUGCAGGGAGGACAGUUUUAUGGGCAUUAUUUAAACCAAGUGAACAGAUUUCAUGGUCUGCCUGGUGUUUCCUCUGUUUGGCAGGCUUCAGAAUGGAGGUACUACUACAGUAGCCAACUAUAUACACAGAACUUAAUGGAAAAAUAAAUUCGGAGAGUGUAUGUGUGCGCGCAUAUGUGUGGGAUCUGUCAGAGUGUAUGCCUGUGUGUGUGCAGCUAUGAAGUAAAAUAAGCGAUUAUUUUUUAAAGAAGCACAACAAGCUUAUUUGAAGAAAGCACUUAAUGAAUGGAGGAAUACAACAUUGUUUUUAUAGUCUAUUAAAUCCUUGAUUUUUCUUUCUCACCUCUCCAGUUUGAUCAGAGUCCGUCCAAGGGCCCAAGACCAAGAUUUAGCCCUAUCACUCCAACUUAUCAGCUGGGUAGUACUAUCAAUUCUCAUUCAAGGCUCUCAGUAGAGAAAAUAAUGAGAUAUCUUUCUUAAAGCUGCUCUGCUCUCUAUUGGUAUCCUGCCUGAGUAACUUUUGAUUUUAUUUAUUGGUAAAACCUAAACCUUUGGUUGUCUGAAGCAAUUCCCAUAAUUUGCUCAGGUUGAUGAAAGUAGCCUUUUAGUAAAACACUUGGGCCAAAAUAGAGAUCAGAGUCGGAAGACAACUCCAUAAAUCUGCUAGAGUUUUUUUUUUUUAAAUAAUCCAAUAGCUUCAGUUCCCAAUCUGGCAAAAGAGCUCAAGUCUACACUUUAAACGUAAAUACCCAAAUUAUGGCACACCUGAUCAGGGAGCUAAACAUGGAAGCUUUCUCUGUUCACAAGGGGUCAAUCGUUUGGCUGUAGACAUCGAGAGGCAAUUGAACCAUUUGCCUUUGCCAUUUUGUUUCUUUCUCUAAACACUAUAACUAAAUUGAUGGCUUUCUUCCCUUUCCAUCCUUCCAUUUUAAAAUUGAAAUCCUAGUAGGAAGCCGUUGACUCAUCAUAGGAGGGUGAUUUACAGAAGUCAUCAUUCUAAAUAUUUCAAUAAUGUUGCGCCUAAAUUGUCUCUAAUACGCCUUAAGUAUCAUUCAAAAGCCCAUAUUACCUAUGAGUCACACAGAUUUUCCAUGUUUGCACUUAAUUACACCAUUACUUCACUUUUGGCUUCAAAGGUCAUGGUUAAGGUUUGCAACAUGCUUUAUGGGAGUGACCCCAGUGUGAGCUCAGGGAACAAAAACAAAAAGAAAAGUGAAGUUCACUAAAACUUUUUGUUGUUGGUAUGUUACUUUAAAUAUGUGUGUGUAUAUAUAAAUAUAGAUAUAUACUGGGACACUUCUGCUUGUUAACCCAUCACUUUCAAACUGGGGGAGACAAAGACGUUGCAGUUGUUCAGAUGAAUCAGUUAAAUUAUUUUAUGGAUGCCAAAGAAUAUUUUGAGAAUAGCACAGCCAGAAACCGGAAACUUGUCGGAGGGGGGGGAUGAGAGCUGUUUAGCUACAGAAGACUAAAUCAGUGUUCAUGACACAGCUGAGGCAUUAGGUUGCAAGCUUGCUGAAGAUGAUGCUUUUAUCAUUUGGAUCACAUCCCACCAUUUUGAUUUCUGAUGCUCUUUGCUCAUUGCAUUCUGAGCAAUGUUGGUUUUAUGUUCUCUGAUGCCAGAUAUUGGCUGUCCUUGGUUUUUUGAGAGUCGGACAUUUUACAAGCCUUUCAGAGUCCUUAAUAUCACUCCGGUUGAGCUACAACUUGGAGAAUCUUUAUUCUGAAAGAAACCAAAAUCAGGAGCCAAACACACAUCAGUGUUUUUGCUGAUUUGAGAAGUUAUGUUUGCAAACUGAUUUUUUCAAAAGCACUGACUAAAAUAAAACAAUUCGACAUUAGCCAAGCCCAUAUUGGUUGGCAAGUAAAUUAUGCUCCUUAAUUAAGGCUUGGUAUGUUGAGAUAAUGUUAAAUACAGUAAAUAGGACUUAGUUUUAUCUUAUCAAGCUUGCUAGGCUUUAGCUACAAUAUCCUAUUUAUGUCAUACAAAUAAUCAAUAUGCUGCUCUUGCUUCCGUGUGCUUCAGUUCAACUAUAGCUAAAAAGAGAGAGAGAAAUCCAGAAAUUUCACUGUACACAGCUUCAUUCAUCAGCUACCGCAUAACUUGCCUGCUCACCAGUAGCAAAAGGGACAGUUUUAAAGAACAACCAAACUAAAGCAGCACGUACCUUUAUUGGAUUACAUGUAGCACUCUGAGACACUCCAUUGUUACUGUGAAUAAGUACUUGUGAACCAAAACCAUUUUUAAAAAAAUAUACAAAAAAAGAAAUGCUAUGUCCCACUCUUAAUACCUUUGAUCCGUGUAUGAGGCUCUGAUCAUAAAGUCUCUGAAAUGCUCUAUACACACCAUGGGAUUACACACCUGGAGUAUCCUCCAGAAUGGAAAGAGAACAGUGUCACCUCUGCUCACAUGGAAAACCCAAAGCCCUAUCAAGGUUUGGAUCACAGCCUUUCCAUAUAAUGUAUCUGUAUGUUUGUGGCUAUCAUGACUGUGCAAUGAGGGACAUAAAGGGGGGCACAUUUGGCUUUGUUUUAUGGAGAGAGAUGAAAUGCUACACAAGCAUUACUAGGAGUCAGGAAUUUUAAGUUGUUGUUAACUAGUUGGUUAGAUUAAGCAGUGCCCUUCCAUCCACAGACGUGGCUUGGAUCCAGAGGAGGCAUCUGCACACAAGUGUGGGGAGGUGAUAUAAUCCCAGGUGCAGGCCCCAUCUCCCAUAACUGCUAAGGAAUCCCUUGGUUUGGAUUUUUUUUAGUGUGCUUGGACUGGCAAUAAUGCUCUUAAUAUAACAAAAGAGCUCUACAGAUACGCUGACAGCCAGCGAGUGCCUUAGAACAAGGUAUGGACUCUGGAGUUAUAGAGGAGCCUGUGUAAGCUACUACAUUACUAGUGAAAUGUAGCGCUUGCUCACAAAAGUGUUCCAUAUAGUUAGUCCAAACUCACCUUUGACAUUGAGUUUUAUCUGGCUGGCUGCCCCAGGAAUUUCAUAGCAAAAAACAUUACUAAUGAACAGGGAUUUUUUUUUUCUGACAGUGAAAAUCCAGCACUGAUUUAUGUUAAAUGAGUUCCAACUCUGAUUCUUUCAUAGGAUCUCCAGUAAUAUCACUGGGACCCUAGAUGUUCACUCAUGUUCAGUUGAAGCUAUCUGCAUAUGACUUAAAAUUCUUUUAAGAACACCAAUCUUGCUUUGCUGUUUUGCACCUGUUUUUUUCUUGAAGAAACAACAGAAAUUUGCAUAAGUUAAAGAAGAAGAAAUUGUCCAUGGAAAAUAUUUUUGAUGAGCUGUAAAUGUAUUUUGAGAUGAACAGAGAAAAUAGCAUAAAUUGUCUAUUUUAUUAAGCAAAGGUCUUUAAGAUGAUGUGUGAACUUUAAGCAUUGGUAUGUAUUUGCACUGUAAAGGGUGAAAUGCAUUUCCACUGGAAAAGCAGCAUCUUGCUUCGGCAUUAACAUUGUAAUAAUUAUUCUUUUUUGUUCAUCAGCAAGAAUCAAAUCUUGCUUUUAAAAUCUCAGCAUUGAAUAAAUGGAAUGCAUUUCCUUAGAGAUGAUUUGGACUUUCACACUCGCUUUCCCCACUUAGGUUUUCUGGGAUGUUUUUAUGGCAUCUCUUGAAGAUUUUUACAUUUAUUAUUAAAAAAUAAAAUGAAGCUAUUAUUUGGCGGCGCUUUUCCUCAAAAUGCAAUUGAGAAUUAACCAUUUCUGCAGAAGUGAGGUCUUUGCAAGCUGUCACAAAAAAACUCCUAUUUCUUGUUACCAGGUAGGUGUGUUAAUUUGGUUGUUCUUUAAGAAAACUCUUGUAUACUUUGCUCCAUUCCACACAGUUGCAAAACAGGCCCACUCCAUAUCAGUUACAGGAAAUGAUAUGAAUGUCACAGGAGGCAAAGCCCUUCUGUUUUCUUUGUUUCAAAGAAAGUGAUGUGCCAUUUGUUAAUAUAAAAGAGAAAUAUUGAAAAUAUAUUGAAAAGAGCAAUUUUAAAUUAUUUUUGGCUUAUGUUGCAAUAUUUAUUUUCUUGUAUUAGAAAUUCCUUUGUAGAGAAAAAAUGUAUUUUUCAUUAAUGCAAAAUCCUAUUUCUCCUUUUGUACAUUUUCCAUGUUAGUUAAUCCUUAAAGCAAUAUAAUGUAUCAAAGUUGUUCUCUGUGUGAAAGCUGUAUUAUGCAUGCUGUUUGUGUUGCUUUGGAAUAGGUCUGUCUGCCAUAAUUUUCAUCAUCUUUCGAUUCAGUGUAUGCUUUAAUACACAUUGGGACCAUGGCCCAUUUGCUUAUAAAAAAAGAAAUACCUUUGCAUUCUUCAGUGUGUUGGCAAAUGCAGUCAAUAAAGCUGUGUUUUCUGUG